AUGGAGGCCUCAGUAAUAUUACCCAUUCUGAAGAAAAAACUAGCUUUCCUUUCAGGAGGAAAGGACAGACGAAGUGGCCUCAUUCUGACUAUUCCAUUAUGCCUCGAACAGACAAAUAUGGAUGAGCUGAGUGUUACCUUAGACUACCUACUCAGCAUUCCAAGUGAAAAGUGUAAGGCUAGAGGAUUUACCGUGAUUGUGGAUGGCAGAAAAUCACAGUGGAAUGUGGUGAAAACAGUAGUCUUAAUGCUACAGAAUGUUGUUCCAGCCGAGGUAUCCCUUGUUUGUGUAGUGAAGCCAGAUGAAUUCUGGGAUAAGAAAGUAACACAUUUUUGUUUUUGGAAAGAAAAGGAUAGACUUGGCUUUGAGGUUAUUUUAGUGUCUGCCAAUAAAUUGACUCGUUAUAUAGAACCAUGCCAGUUAACAGAGGAUUUUGGUGGGAGUCUCACCUAUGAUCACAUGGACUGGUUAAAUAAGAGGCUGGUUUUUGAAAAGUUUACAAAGGAAUCUACAUCAUUAUUAGAUGAACUUGCCUUGAUUAACAAUGGAAGUGAUAAAGGAAAUCAGCAAGAGAAUGAAAGGUCUGUGGAUUUAAAAUUUCUUCCAUCUGUUGAUCCUGAAACAGUUCUUCAGACAGGGCAUGAAUUGUUAUCCGAAUUACAGCAGCGUCGAUUUAAUGGCUCAGAUGGAGGGGUCUCAUGGUCACCUAUGGAUGAUGAACUGCUUGCACAGCCACAGGUUAUGAAAUUAUUAGAUUCUCUCCGAGAACAAUAUACCCGUUACCAGGAAGUUUGUAGGCAACGUAGUAAGCGCACACAGUUAGAAGAGAUUCAGCAGAAGGUAAUGCAGGUUGUGAACUGGCUUGAAGGGCCUGGAUCAGAACAACUAAGAGCCCAGUGGGGGAUUGGCGACUCCAUUAGGGCUUCCCAGGCCCUACAGCAGAAGCACGAAGAGAUCGAGAGCCAGCACAGUGAAUGGUUUGCAGUAUAUGUGGAGCUUAAUCAGCAAAUUGCAGCACUCUUGAAUGCUGGGGAUGAGGAAGAUCUUGUGGAACUGAAGUCGCUGCAGCAACAACUCAGUGAUGUUUGUUAUCGACAAGCCAGUCAGCUAGAAUUCAGGCAAAAUCUCUUACAAGCAGCUCUUGAAUUUCAUGGUGUUGCCCAAGAUUUGUCUCAGCAGUUGGAUGGCUUAUUAGGGAUGUUGUGCGUAGAUGUAGCACCAGCUGAUGGAGCAUCGAUUCAGCAAACUUUAAAACUGCUUGAAGAGAAGCUGAAAAGUGUUGAUGUAGGAUUGCAAGGUUUGCGUGAAAAAGGUCAAGGUCUCCUGGAUCAGAUCUCCAAUCAGGCAUCCUGGGCCUAUGGAAAGGAUGUAACCAUUGAAAAUAAAGAAAAUGUGGACCACAUACAAGGAGUGAUGGAAGAUAUGCAGCUUAGGAAACAAAGGUGUGAAGACAUGGUAGAUGUGCGAAGGUUAAAGAUGCUUCAGAUGGUGCAGUUGUUUAAAUGUGAAGAAGAUGCUGCCCAGGCAGUAGAAUGGCUAAGUGAACUUCUGGAUGCUCUGCUUAAGACCCACAUCAGAUUGGGCGACGAUGCUCAGGAAACGAAAGUUUUACUGGAAAAGCAUAGAAAAUUUGUUGAUGUUGCACAGAGCACUUAUGACUAUGGUAGACAGUUGCUACAGGCCACAGUAGUGCUGUGCCAGUCGUUGCGAUGCACUUCUCGGUCAUCUGGGGAUACACUUCCUCGACUGAACAGAGUGUGGAAGCAAUUUACAAUAGCGUCUGAAGAGAGAGUACAUAGGUUGGAAAUGGCUAUUGCAUUUCACUCAAAUGCUGAAAAGAUUUUGCAAGACUGUCCAGAAGAGCCUGAAGCUAUCAAUGACGAGGAGCAAUUUGAUGAAAUUGAAGCAGUUGGGAAAUCACUUUUGGAUAGAUUAACUGUUCCUGUAGUUUAUCCUGAUGGAACCGAACAAUAUUUUGGAAGUCCAAGUGACAUGGCUUCUACUGCAGAACACAUCAGAGACAGGAUGAAACUAGUUAGUCUCAAAAGGCAGCAGCUAAGACAUCCCGAAAUGGUGACCACAGAGAGCUAAUAGCUACCAGCUUCCCACAGAUCUGCAGUUCCUAAUCCUGCCUGCCAUCACCAUACGACAGCAUUAGCCACUAUAUGUUAAGAUGCAUUUCACAACCAGGUUAAGCCUCAUUUUUUUCCAUGACACAUUUCUCUCUACAUGUUAACACUUUGCAACUACCAAGGCAUAAUUAUUGAACGUGCUUUGAGACAAUAGACUCCAAGUAUCUUAAAAGAAGGAACUAUAAACAUUGCACUGAAAACUUGCUUUAAAGCUUUACCUGACCUGUCAGUUUGUAGAUGAAC